CCGGCAGACCUGUGACAUUCACUGUUCUCAUGUCUGUGUCAACUAUAUAAAUAUCUAAAAAAUGAACUUUAUACGCUCGUCCUUCUCCCGACUGCGUGGAAUAACGAAUUUCACCAGCAUCCCUGCAGGGAACCUCACAGUAACUGGCAACACUCACCAGAGAUUAUUCAGCAACUGGAUUGUGCCCAGAGCUGCUGCAGGACCUCAGAUUUCCAGAUGUGGGCCCCUUUUAUCACAAGCUGAGGGUUCGGGAGUGUUUCGACAGCUUCCAUGGCAGUACCAGCAGGUGCGGACAAAGAAGAGAGGCACAGAGUAUCAGCCCAAGAACAUCAAACGUAAGAGGACCCACGGCUGGAUCAAGAGGCUGAGCUCCCGAGGCGGCAUUGAGGUGAUUCUACGGCGCAUGUUGAAGGGACGGAAAUCACUCUCUCACUGAAGGACCCUGUUAGAAACCUGCAAGAAAACAGACAUUGGUUCAGAAAUGCUUGCAUAGCUCAGGGUGUUCAGCAAAGACCUAUUGUAUUGGGUUAACUGGUGAUACUGGGUGUCGGCCGGGUUUGGCUUUCCCAUUGCAUUAACAACGAGCGGGAGGAUGAAAACUAGCCUUCAGCUAACAUGUUGCAUUUGCCUUGGGUAAAAAGAAGCCUGUUAGUUUCAUGCAGUUAUUUCUGAUCCAUAAACUUUUGUUCAUAAUCAUUAAAUGUUAAUGGAUGUAUGAAUUAUUUUUACCUGUGUGAAGUAAUUUGAUUCAAAGACAAAAUGUGUCUUUAAAGAUUGGUGUCAUCUGGUUGACUUGGAAAUAAAAUCCACCCCUACAGAAUCGA